AUUGCGCAUGCGUCGAAAUUUUUCUCAAAUUUUGUUUUGACGAUUUUAUUUUUAUAAUAUUGUGAUUUCUACAAAACAUAGCGUAGCGCUGUGUCUAAGGAAAGGAAUAACACAUUGACAUGAACCCUUUGUUCAAACAGUAGAUAAAUUUCAGUGCAAUAUGAAGAUAUUUUCUUGUCAAGAUAUUCCAAUAACAAUACAAUGCUGUUGACAAAGCCCUAAAUACUAUAGAGGAGAUGGCAGAUGACCUUGAGGCAUUCAUAGCAGAGCAGAAAGCUAAACUUGCCCGAGAAAGAACUACGAUAGGACCUAAAACAGACCCUCCAAAAGAUCGACAAAAUCUUGAAUACGUUAAUCCUGGUCCUCAAAAGCCCCAAAGGAAACAAUGGGGGCAGAAAGAAAAUCCCGAUAUUUCUAACUUAAGGAGAAAUGAGUCUCCACAAGAAACAGGUUUAAAGCUAGGAGGGUUCAAUGAUGCAAAAAGAAAGGAAUUGCAAGAAGAGAGGAAAAGGGAAUACAAUGAGUUGAAAAAUCAGAACUCCCCACAAACUGCAACAAACCCUAGUUAUAAGUCCUCUCCCCAGCAAGCUGCCCCAACCCCCAGUACAACCCUCAUUGUGGGAGAUGACCAACAUACGCUGAAACAACAACUUCAGAAAGAGCGUCAGCUUGAAUAUAACAGCCUGAAAGGAGAUUUUUAUGGGAAGCCAAGGAGGGAAUACCGAGCUCGAGAGACCCCUGCGGAAAACAAACUUUUACAAUUAGGGGAACACGAAGCUAAACAUAAAAAGAUAGAAGAUGAGAGACAUCUAGAAUUUCUCAAAACCAUACAAGAAAAAGAUCCACGUAAAAAUCAGAAUGAAUCUCAAAGCAGGAGAGGAAAUAAUGAAAACACAUAUCAAAAUCAGCAAUCAUUUUUAAAUGACCCUCGUCAAAAUGACAUCAACAGAUAUCCUGACCAAUCAAGUCUUGGUGUAGAGCAAAUGCAAGAGAAUGACUCGUACAAUACCCAGUUCACUCCCAAGUCCAAGAUGAAUGGGCAUGUCCCAAACAAGGAGAAUGUGACUCCUGACCAUGAUCUGUUCUCAAAACUUGGCAACCAGUCUGAUGACAAAAAGAGAAAAUUGCAGGAGGAGAGGAAAAAAGAAUACAAUGCUAUGAUAUCAGAGCAAGCUGUGCGAAGUGGUCGAAUAAACGAUGACACCACAGGCUAUACAACCACAUUGCCAGGCAUGAAAGAAAGAAACUCUGCACAGGUACGUCAAGAAAGAAGAUCAGAAGAAAGAAAGCAUGAUUACCAGGAUUACUUACAGUCGGAACAAGAGAGAUUACGUCACAGACUUGAUGGGAAGAAACCCCCUCCAGGUGGCCAGGCUGGUUUUGAAGAUACACGCUCUGCUGGUGUUCCUUCUAGUCGGGAAAGGGAGCGUGAUGUAUCAUUUUACCAAGAUAGAGAUAGGGAGCAAAAUAUCCCUAGGUAUCCAUUGGAAAGAGAGCCUGGACAAAGGCCGGGGCCAAAUGACAGUUUUGAAGCCAGCCUCCCAGGUCUGAGGGAUCACCCUUCGGCAGAAGCUCGCAAGAUCCGUGAACGUAACAAUGAAUACCAACUAUAUCAGAGGGGCCAGUUAGAGCAGGACUAUUUGAGGAGGCAAGGUGCCUCCUAUAGAGACAAUAGACCACUUGAUAGCAACAUUGUGUUGGACCCCCGGGACCCACGUUAUUAUGAAGAUGAGAGGUUACCCCCACAGUAUCGACGUGAACCCCCAAGGAAAGGUUGGGGUACCCCUACAUACGAAGAAAUAUUGGAUAAAAAGAGGAGAGAAGAAAGGGCAUAUAGGAGAGGGGAUGAUCCUGGUUUGCAUGGGGGCCUAAGGACAUCUAUCAGUGAUGGCAAUUUAUAUAAAACAUUUGAGGAUGAUCAACGGCUAAAAGAAUUAGAUAAAGAAUAUGAAUCUAAGCGUGUUCGUUUUCAAGAUGAAUUACUUGGGCGUAGGGGGAUCACUAGCAUCCUUGAUGAUAAAAAAUGGCUAGAAUUUGAAGAUGCAAGAAAGGAGAGGCCAAGAUCUUAUCACGCAAGUAGAAGAUAUGAUCCUGAUCCAGAAACUGAGUUUUCAAAUUGGGAUGCCAAUAGAAAUCGAGGAGGGCUGUCGGAUAGAGGAAGCCGUCGUGACUAUGAUGACCGAGGGAGAGCAAACUCAACUGGAAAUGUGGCUGCUACAUUACCUAUAGGGGGUGAGGAUAGGGACAGUGCUAAACAGAGGAGGAAGCAAGAAUAUAGGAGGGAUCUUGAACAGCAGAUAGCUGAACAGCAGCAAUCAAAAAGGAGUCCUAGACGUGACACAUACAAUGAUAGAGGUAGGUCUGAUCCCCAGCCCCCUGUUAGGCCCCAGGGUGGAGGAAUACUGGAAAGAGGCUGGGAUGGCAUUUAUGACAAAUAUAGUGAUGGAACUCCAAAGAAUACAAGUUUGCUGAAUAAAAAUGGUUAUUUAAAUGCUGGAGGCCAACCAUCUUUGGGAGCCUAUAAUUCUCCCUUAGAUGAGGCUUACUAUUACUAUGGCUUGAAGGACCCUUUAGAUCCAACAACUACGGCAGAAGGUGCUGCAUUUGCAGGCAGGACUGGUCCAGCAGAUAUUCCGAGGUUGAAUCUGCAAGAUGAUAGGACAUCUAGAAAAGCUCCACCAGGGGGAACUAGUAACGUUGGUUUUGCAUUUCCAUCUGAUGAUGAUAGACGGUCAAAGUCAAGGAAUGAAAAAAUGAGUUAUCAAGAAGAACUGGCCAGACAGGUUCAAGAGAAAGAACAAAGAAAACAAAGGGAAAAAGAAGACAAAGCGAGAUAUGACAGAAAGUUGGAGAAAGAGAUUGAAGACUAUAAUCCAUUUGGACGUGGGGGAGCUGGGGCUCCCAUGAAGGAUAUAGCAGGCAAUAACAUAGCUGAUUUACGAAAAAUGCAUCUCGUAAAUGAAGAGAAUCUUGUUUCACCACGUAAGGUUGGCAUAGAAGCUGCAGCAUCAGCAUAUCAAGAAAAACCAGCAUAUCAACCAACAUUUAAUUCCUCCCCUAGAGCAAUAAAAGAAGACACAUACCAGGCAGGCACUGGCUCUAAUGGCUUCUUUGGGGAACAAGCAACUAGCAAUCAGAGUGCAACUGAAAAGUACAAAGCUGAGUUGCAGCGUCAGAUUGAUGAGAAGAAGGCACGUGAGGCUGAAGAGAAGGAGAAGCAACGAAUUGAGGAGGAGAAAGAGCAGAAGAGGCUGGAUGAACAACAGAAACGUAUCCAGGCAGAGUAUGAAGAGGAAAAGAGAAAGAAGAAAGAAAAAGAAGAUGAGGAGAAGAGGAAGAAUGAAGAGUUGAAACAGUUGGCAGAGGAGAGGAAGAAGGAGGCUGAGAUGAAGAGGCAAGAGUUAGAAGACAGGAGGCAGGAGGAGCUGAGACAACAACAGGAGAGGGAUCUACAACAGAGAAUACAAAAUUCUGACCCCGAGAGACUAAAGUCUCCUCCAAUUCCAACACUAAGGGCCAAGAACGAAGACAGUGGAAAGGGACAGUCCCCAAGGCUUAACUCUCCAGUUAUUCCCGCUCUUAGACCCAGAAGUACUAGGAGUAGAGGAGACCCACAACCACAGGUGAAUUCUGGGAGGACAUCACCUCCAGUUCCUGCUGUAAAUACUCAAACUCGUUCACAGAGUGCAGAUGUGCUCAACCAGUUGGCUAAUCUCAAGGCACAGUUACAAAGUGAGAAAACUAGAGUACAACAUGCCCUUGAUGAUCGCAAGAAUGAUGUUGAGGUAUAUGACCCCAGGUUGAUGGAGCGUCCACCUAACCAAGCAAUACCUAAAGAUAACCAAGUGGACAUAUUUGAUAUUGCAAGCCAUCGUAAGCCAGUCUCCGUACGACGCUCAGCUGAUCCUAAUAAUAGAAACAACCUUGAAGAGUUCAAGAAAUUGAAAAAAGAUGCUCGAGAAUCUCCCAAAGACUACCUGGACCUCAACCCCAGGUCUAUAGGAUUGAUUCGAGAAGAUACCCCAGGCUCCAUGCUAGAUGCAGAAACUGCUUAUGUUGGUGUGGAUAACUCAGCCAGUGGUUUCCCUGAUGACUUUGAAAAUCUUGGCAGGCGGAAUGAGUCAGCGAGACAAAAAAGACGGAAUAAAUAUGACAGCUCCCCAAGGGCCACCCCAAGACAACCCUCUCCCUACACUAACUUGGACAAUAUUUCCCUGGGGACUAAUAUGGGAUCUACCACCAGCAUCGAUCCCGACAGAAUUACUCGCAAGAAUGAGGAGCGGCUACGCAAGCUAAAAACUCUAGCAGGAGAUGAAAUAUCUGUGGGAGAUCCAGAUGACAUACUUGAUCGUUUUAUGGCAAAGCAGACUCAUAACAGACCUCCAUCAGGUGCAACCCUACAGGAUGACAGUUGGAUGAGACCCGGAAGUAACACUGCAUACAGAUAGUUUCAAAUUCCUCUACAAUUAAAGCUACACGCUAGAUCAUUCAUGUUGAAUCAUUAAACUUACAUCAGCUACAGCAAGAUUCAUUAGGACCAUUCUUUAAACUAACAAAUGCUAGACCAUUUUGGUUAUUCGUCAAACGGUACACCUUCUACAUACAGUGUACAUCGAUCACAUAUAGCAAAGUUGUGCUCUACUUUACGUCAUCUGCCUAAGACUGGAACAAUGCAGCCCUUGGUGUUAUUAAAGUGCAUGCACUGUGUAUCAUUCCAUUCAAAUAACACAUCGUCAUUCAAUGGUUUUUUACAUAAGAAUUAUAAAUCUCAUGCUCAGACUUAUGUAUGUGAUAAGAGAAGUCAACUUUUUUUCAGGCAUCUAUUAAUCUUUCAAUUCAAAGUGGCCUUUUAUUUCAAAAUGCUCACGAUGACGUUUUGCCAAUAACUUUGUAUACUGCAUGAUAAUUGUUUAGGGUAGUUAAGGUUUAGAAUUCAGAAAUACAUGUUUAUUGUAUCUUCCAAAAUGUCUUUAUUCAAAAGGAAUGGUGCAGAGUGCAUGCAUUUUACAACUGCUAAAAAAAUUAUUGCAUAGAAUUGGUCAAAACGAACAAAGAUCUGAGAAUACAGUUUUGUUGGUGGGACUUAUUACUCAGUGGAGUUGCUAUAUCGCUCUUCUAGUUAUAAUU